AUGACCACCAGCUUCCAGGAGCCUCCGCCCGAGGACACGGUGGCCCUUCUGCACCGGGCCAAGGAGCCGGGCGGCGGCGGCGAAACGGCGGUCAAAGAGGAACUGAGCCCGGCUUCCAGCAAGGCGCCGUCGUCCAUCGGAACCGCAGCGGCGGCGGCGGCGGAGAAGAGCGACCCGACGCAGAAGCCGCCCUACUCCUACGUGGCGCUGAUCGCCAUGGCCAUCCGCGAGAGCGCCGAGAAGCGCCUGACUCUGUCGGGCAUCUACCAGUACAUCAUCAGCAAGUUUCCCUUCUACGAGAAGAACAAGAAGGGCUGGCAGAACAGCAUCCGCCACAACCUCAGCCUCAACGAGUGCUUCAUCAAAGUGCCGCGAGAGGGCGGCGGAGAGCGCAAAGGCAACUACUGGACGCUCGACCCGGCCUGCGAGGACAUGUUCGAGAAGGGCAACUACCGCCGCCGCCGCCGCAUGAAGAGGCCCUUCCGCCCGCCCACGGGCCACUUCCAGCCGGGCAAGAGCCUGUUCGGAGCCGCGGCUGAGGCGGCCGGCUACGGUUACCUCACGGCGCCACCCGCCAAGUACCUGCAGGCGCCUUUCCUCAACGCCGCCGCUUCCUGGUCCUUGGCGCAGCCCGCGCCGCCGCCGCCUCAGGCGCCCUCAGCCGCUUCCUACGGGGCCUGUCAAAUGGCGGCUGUCGAGGCAGGCGGAGGCAGCCCGGGUGGCAACGGCGGCGGCGGCGGCAGUCCUGUCGGAGCCGUGAAGGGAAUGGGACUCUCGGCCGGGCCCGCCGGCGCCCCCUCAGCCUACGGCCCUUACUCGCGCCUUCCCGCCAUGGUGAACUCGUACAACGGCAUGGGCCACCACCAUGCCCACCACCCGCACGCACCACCCGCACGCCCACCACCACCAUCAUCACCACCACCACGCGCCGCCGGCCUGCAGUUCGCCUGCGCGCGCCAACCGCCCGAGCUGGCCAUGAUGCACUGUUCGUACUGGGACCACGAGAGCAAACACGGCGCCUUGCACCCCCGGAUAGACCUCUGAGGAGACGGACGAGCGCCGCGUCUCUGCCCAGGGCGAGCCCCGCAGUCCACCGACUCCUUCCCCGCGCAAAGAGGAGUUUUCUGAAGAAAAGCUAGGAUCGCCUUUCCUCGUCAUUUUCCUUUCUUUUCCCCCCCCCCCACCCCGAUGCCCGUUGCAUGCAGUCACUUUCAGCGGAGAAAGACCCCCUAAAACUCUGCGUCUUUUGCAGCUCUACGGAUCCUCUCCGGCUGCAGGUGAAGGCAAGCUCGACGUGCCCGAGGACUUUUCCCACCUCCUCUUCCUCCGCUUCAAGUAGCUCGGCUUUGGGAUGUAAAUCCUCCUCUAGGUCACUAGUUUUUAGGGGGUGGGGGGGUUAGACAACGGAGAGUUUUACUCAAUCUCCCUAGUACAAGCCCUAAUAAAACUAAAGCUAAAGUCGCCUCCGGAUUUUGUUCUUAGUUGCUUUAUAAAUAACACUGGCGAUACAACACGGAUCAAGACUGUAGUAGAAGAAGACGUCCUUUGCGUGGUCACCCCGAACUUACUUUGCAGAAGCAGGGAGAGUUGGUAGUAAGUAAUGUUUUUAAGAUCGAAACGUGGGUCUUAAUUGCAGAAGCAUUUGCUUUGCACUGUGAGUUUAAACGGGGUUAAAAUUCAAAUCAAAGAAAAUCAGGGGGGAAAUCAUGUUUGGGUAAACAAGAAUUACGAAAUAAUAGGUUCACCGCUGCAGAUGAGAGGUGUCGAAUCAACAACUUAAUCUCCUGCUCAGAACAACUAAACCAUCAAACUUAAAGCCAGUAAAGGCCACGUUUGUUUAUUUGGAAUAUAUAUAUAUUAAAUUGUGUUUGAACUUCAGUUAUCUAGGGUGGCGAUGGCUGUAAAUCCUAUUGAAUCGGGCCUCUUAGUUUAACAAUUUGGAGUCGUGUUUAUAUCAAAAAGAUUUACAUUUGGAUUUAAGCAGGAAUAAUUUUGACGUAAUUCACAAUCCUUUUAGACUGAUGUUUUUAGAACUGCAUCUAAUGAUUUACACAAUCACUCUGUUCUAAAAAAUGUAAAACGCACCAAAUUUAUUAGGAUUUAUUUUCAAAAAUUAUUUCCAAGAAUGGCAAAACACAUUUUUGUGAAUAUAAAUUUCAUGAAACGUUUCAUUCUACUGUACUGUGGUUUACAGUCGGUUUCAAGACUUGUUGUUUCAGUUUCCUGGCUCAGUACAUAUUAAUUUGGGCACUUGAGUACUUGAGUUUCAACAAGUUUAGGGAGGGGAGGGGAAGAGGUUUGCAUUAAUCGGAUUAAUCUGAUUACAAUGGAUAAUUACUGGAGACAACUGUUUGAAAUCUAGAAGGUGGGAUAUUAAAAAUGCCUGCAUUUUGAAGAGAUUGGCUAAUACAAAUAAUGGAAAGCACUAGACUUUCACUUUGCCUUUCUUUUGGCAUAGACUUGUCCACUGUGACCCCAAUGAUGGAGGAGGGGGACAAUGCACUUCAUCAAAUCUUAAUAUCACUGUCCAAAAAAGUACUUAUUUGGGCACUGUAUUUUACCAGAAAGGCCCCUUCUUGGGGCAACUUGUAGCCAAGUGGAUUUGAAAGGGGAAGGCAUUUUAAGAACAAGUUUAAAACAAUUGUAUAUGUAUAUGUAUUUUUUUUACAAAAAGAAAGUAUUUUCUCAAGAUAAAGUAAGUUUAUACUGUAUAAACUUUAUGCUAAAAUUAUUUGGAUAAAACAAAGCUAUUCUCUAUUAUUAUGAAUAGUAGUAAUGGAGACUGGUUUUUUGUUUUGUUUUGUUUUGUUUUUGCAAUGAUGCUGUUUUAUACACACAUACCUAUCCUAGCCUCCACAUGGGUAUUCAGAAUAUUUUUUAUCUUUUUUUAAACUGAAACUAUUUUGUCUGUAAAUCAAUUUUCAUGGGUGGUCCUCUGCUUUCUUCUUUUGUGAAACAAAGUUUCACUAUUUGAUCUUGAAAAAGAAGAUGAACAGAAAAUGUAUUAAUGGGGAAAGGGGGGGAGUCAUAGCAGUUUGCUUAAAUACUUUUGUAAGCAAGCUGUUUUGGUAUUGUGCCUUUCUGGGACCAACUUUUUUUUUUUUUAGAAUAACUAGCA